UCACGUCGGCACAAUCACCACUCAUCUCUCCUCUUCUUCGCCGUCAUCGUCAUCCUGUCUCCAACCGUCUCCCUUCAAGCUGUCUACACGCACCAACAAGCUGCACAAUUCACCUUUUGUCUACAUUUGUCAACGAGCCGCACAUCUACGCCAAGCCCUUCACAUGCCACGACAAGCCGUUUCUCCGAUUACAAGCUGCCGACAAACCGCUCAGAUUUGGAAGAUUUGUUGUGCAUGAUUUUUUUAUUGCCCCGCGGGAGUGUCCCGUAG